AUGCACGCUGCUCUUCAAACCGACGACAUACUCGACGCGAUCUUCGAUUAUUUGAAGCCUCCGUUCGGGCGGUUUGACCACCACUGUUCCUCAUCCGACCCGAUCCGCGUCUUCCAACGGACGCUCUGCGCCGCCGCUCUCACAUGCAGAGCCUUCAGCCAGCCCGCGCUAAAGUCGCUCUGGUUCCAUGUCAACUCUGUGGACGCGCUGUUCUACAUCUUGUCCUCGUGUAUGAAGAUAGUGUGCGAUGUUCCGUUAUCACUGGACAUAGACGACUCGCCUCGGCACCAAGAGACCGUUUGGAUAAUGGACCGCCCAGUCAGCGAGAAGGAGCGCGAACGCUUCCUCUGGUACACGCAAUGCAUCCAUAUAAUUAACCUCCAAGCGUCGCGUCGCGUCGACCCCUGGGUUUUCUUCCGCCUUUCUCAAGAGAACCUUGGUACGCCCCUCACACCACGGCUUCAUACCAUGAUCUGCAACCAGGACUGGCCCUAUAUCGACAUGGUCGUGUCACUGCUGAGUGGCCCCUCGCUCCGCACACUCGCCCUCAAGUUCAAUGGCCCGGAAUGGACGAUCGACGACGACCGGAAGCUGCCUCUGAACCGCCACAACUACGCAGCGUACCCGCUCCUCCGGAACGUUUGUGCGUCCGCGCCAGACCUCGAGAAGCUCACAGUGUACAUGUGCGCGUAUCCGGGGCUGCUGCACCCGAUCGGCGGGAUGAAGCGCCUGCGCGUGUUGGACCUCUCCUUGGUGUGGACGCCGAUCAACAUGGAGCUCGUGCGGCAGCUCGCACAGCUCGAGCAGCUCGAGGAGCUGGCGCUCCACAACUCGUUUGACGGGCGCAACCUAGGGCCAUGUGAAGGCUUCAAGAGCGUGACAAAGUUGAUCAUCCGCGGUGGCAUCCGCACGAUCCCGCCGCUGCUGCAAGCACUUCCCGACCUCCACCUCAGAGAGCUCCAUUUGAACUCCCCGGUCAUCGAGGAACCCAGACCCCUCCAGAAGCUCGUGUCAGCCCUGUCACUCGCAUCGCGCGAGUCGAUCGAGAGCGUGCGCAUCGACAGCCUCACUGCGGGACGCUCCCUCACGAGCGCGCCUGUGUCCACGCUCAUCGCGCCGUUUUUCGCGUUGCCGAACAUCCGCUCUUUCUAUUUGCGCGCGGACGAUCCUCUGUGCAUCGCGGACGACGACCUGCGCGUCAUUGGCGGCAAGUGGGCGAAGCUGGACAGGGAUGUCAUUUAA